AGUUUAAAAUACAAAAUAUUCACCUUUCGAAACUCGUUCUCUGGAGGACGACUUCUGGUCAAAAUCUCGUUGUCGACGAGCGGCACACGACGAGUUUCCCGCUCCCGUGACAGUGUCACGGAGAGCUACGCAUGCGCAAUGUGAGCACACUAGUAAACUCGUCCUCGUAGUCGUUCUCGUACUCGAAUCUAAAGCUCUCUAUUAACGAAACGAUUAAGUGACAAAGGAAACUAUUCAAGUGUGCGAGAUAUCAUAACGUAGCAAUCAAAUGACACAAAACUACAAGUACCGAGAUACUAACGUAACAAUCAAAUGACAAAGAAAACUAAUAUUAAAUGUGCGAGAUAGUCAGUUGCAAUUCAAGAAAACCGCUGAGAGAGAAAGACAAACUGCUCGCAAAUUUACUCUCGUGACCCUAUUGUCGCUUGACUCGUGUGUGACUCGGGCGCAAAAGCCCUUCUCGCGGUCAGAAUUACUCUGUGUCGACCUGCUCUGACUAGAAUUUACUCACGGCUCAAACUGCUUCUGUUCAGAAGAAACACUUCUGUCUCUAAAUACUGUCCUUGCACAAUGUCACAAGGAACUGUUCAUCACAUUGCGGAGAGCGGGUUUCAAACAGCGAAACUUUAUGAUCAGGUCAGACCGAGUUAUUCAGAGGAAGCCGUUAAGUUUUUGAUCGGUAAACUUGGUAUUGCAAGCCAAAAUGCUUCAUCUAAUCAGCCAGUAAGAAUCCUAGAGCUUGGAGCAGGAACAGGGAAGUUCACUGAUAUUUUGCACAGGGUUCUUCGCGACGGUGACGUGGAAAUAAUUGGAAGCGAGCCGCUUCUUUCUAUGAGAGAAGUGUUUGAAGAAAAAUUUCCAAGCAUAGAGAUGAAGGAUUUUCCUGCAGAAAAUAUCGGUUUGCCAAACAACAGUGUACAUGCAGUGAUUGCCGCACAGUGUUUCCACUGGUUUGCAAAUGAAAAGUCACUUUCUGAAAUUCAACGUGUACUUGUUCCUGGUGGCAAGUUAGGUCUGGUGUGGAAUUUACCUGAUUAUUCAGUGCCUUGGAUUAAAGAAAUCUGUGAUGAUGUCAUUUUUCCUUUGUAUGCACAGUCCAACACACCAAAUGUAUAUGGUGGUGAAUGGAAGAGAAUGGUAAUAGCAUCUGAUAAAUUUGGUCACUAGAAGGUGAUGAAAGUUUUACGAGUGAACUGACAAUUGAUGAGUUCAUAAGGGAACUUUCAUCAUUUAGUGUUAUAGUAGUCAAAAGUGACAAAGAAAAGAAAAUGAUAAUUGACAAAAUUAAAUCAAUUUUAAACAAGCAUAAAAAACUAGAAACAAACACAUUUAUCCUUCCUCAAAAAUUUGAGAUGUAUUGGUGUGAAAGAACAUGAAUUCUUUUCCACCUGAACAUUUUGAAACUGAUUUGAUAUUAUUGUGUGGCAGACUCAUGACAAAGAAACAUUCUUUUUGAUUUAUUAAAUAUAAAAUAGUGAAAAAUGUUUGAACAAGGAAAUUAAAGGUUUGAUGGUGUGAAAGAACAUGAA